AUUCCAAAUUCGAACGUCGAACGUACUUUUCACGCCACAGAGAAUGUAACUUUUCAAACAGUGAAGUGUAUUUUUUGGUGCAUUUUGUGUGUGUAAAAAAAAUAGUUUUAAAUUGUUAAAAUCCUGUGAUAUUAGUUUAAGUGAUCCAGUGAAUAAAAGCUGCAAGCAUGGUCGGUGCCCCAGAUGCCAUCAAACCCGCGGAUAAAAUAGACGACUAUUCGCCCCAGCUACACGGCAACCCCAUUUUUACUAUUAGCGAUGAGAAACUGGCAGACACAGGGGUCACGAUGGGGUCUAUAAACAGCAACGGGGACCUCUGCCCGGGGGAUCCGCCGGACAAAAAGAUUACAGAGGCAGACGCCGAGAAACAACCACUAUCUGGCAAAAAGGAGGAAAAAUGGUGGACAACGAUGAUGCAGGUAGCGGUGCCGUUCUUCAUCGCUGGCUGCGGCACCAUCGGAGCCGGUAUCGUUCUGGGUCAUGUCAGGAACUGGGAAGUGUUUUUGAACGUGUCAGCUAUAUUCGUGUUGGUGCCAUCUCUCUCUGGACUUAAAGGUAACCUGGACAUGUGUCUGGCGUCCCGUCUGUCCACGCAGGCCAAUCUCGGGAACAUGACGUCCACGAAGGAAAUUCUGUCCAUGGUCGUCGGAAAUGUGUCGUUAGUGCAGGUACAAGCAAUAGUAGCAGCGACAGUGGUAGCCAUCUUCGCCAUCGUCAUCAACAUCAUCACCGACAAAACCUUCAAUGGGGACUACGUGCUGCUCCUGAUAUCGUCCGCAGUGUUCACCGCGACUACCACUUGUUUUAUACUAGAUUUCGUACUAGUGAUGGUGAUCAUCGGCUCUCACCGUUUUAAGGUGAAUCCUGACAACGUGGCCACGCCGCUAGCGGCCUCUAUCGGUGACAUCGUCAGUAACUCCGUUUUGGCUGUCACUGCGCAGUACAUGUACGAGCAGAUACAAACUUCUCUGUGGCAACCCAUCGUCAUCAUCUGCGUGUACUGCAGCCUGCUCCCCGUCUGGGUGUUCAUUGUGUAUCGCAAUAAACACACAAAGCCUGUCCUCACAACUGGUUGGACUCCUGUCAUCUCCGCGCUCUUCAUCAGUGGAAUUGGUGGUAUCGUCCUCGACCAAGCAGUAGACCGUUUCACGGGCUACGAGGUGUUCCAGCCUAUCGUCAACGGCAUCGGUGGAAACCUGGUCUGCGUGCAAUCAUCCAGGCUGGCGACGCAUCUGCAUCAAACGGCGAUUCCAGGAGUUUUGCCUGAGGGGUCCAGGUUGCUGGAGUGGCCUUGGAAGACGCUGUUCGUUGGAACCGCAGCAGCCAAGGUGGCCCGCAUGCUGCUAGUCCUGGCCGUGUUCGGCCAGAUCAUCUUCAUGAUCGUCGCCGACUGGCUCUACAUGGGCUACGUGUCUAUUGGCUUCGCCUUCGGGAUUACGUAUCUCAUCUGCUCCCUAUUGCAAGUAAUGGUGCUUUUAUACAUGGCCUACGUGCUAAUCCAUCUCAUGUGGAAACGAAAGAAGGAUCCUGACAACGCAGCCAUUCCUUAUUUGACGGCGUUGGGGGAUCUGCUCGGCUCGGUGUUCCUUGGCUUGGCCUUUGUGACUCUAGCUGCCCUUGGGAAUGACUAUGGAGUGGCUUAGGUUAGACUUGUAAUUCGUCAGGACUAUGAUUGUUAAUUUCCAGUGAAUGGAGGCUGUCCAUUUAAUAACUAGAGCUUUUAGGAGCAACGGAUGGAGGUGUAAGUAGAUGCAUAUCGAAAUUGCCUAAAUUGUCAAGUAGUUUGAUGUUUAUACUAUUCUGACAACCUAUUUGAUUAGGUAAGUACGUGCUUUACAUGGGCAAGUCUAAUAUGUAUCGGCAUUUAUUUUUUCUGUUUCCGAUUAUCAUGUUUUUUAUUUUAUUUUAUCCGGUGCUUGAUGUUUCGAAUCCAAAUUCACUCUUCUCUUAUACAGAAGAGUGGGGAAUGUGAGAUUUGUUUUCAGGACUUUUUAGUACGGUCACGGACUUUUAUUGUUAACCUAUUUAGGGUUUUUUUUUACAUUGGAUAUUUUAGUAUAAGUAUUAACAAUCAAAUUAGCUUAAGCCCUAAAUGGCUCAAUCAUUAAAGUCCGUACUGGUUGGACUGUGAAUGUUUUUUACAAGUUUAAAUUUAUAAAUGAAUUGUUUUUAUUAUUUUAUAGUAUACCAAAGCUAUGCUUUAAGGUAUCUGUGCAAUUUUAAUACAUACCGCCAUUUUAGUGUCGUGUUUGUAUUUUAUUUGGAUUUAUUGUAAAUAUUCAGUAUUCAAAUUCAAUAAAAGAGAGUAAAUACAGUAUUUUGCUGAAAAUUGUGAAAUUAUAAAGACAAUUAAAAAUGUAGUUUUAGCGGUGCCAACGUUACUUAUGUAGGUACUUGGAAACGACGAAUAGAUUAGCUAGGUGUGAUAUUUUUAUAAUGUUUUCUGUGGGCAUACUAUAAUAAUAGAAAAAUAGUAUUAGAAAGCAUUUAUAAACAUUAUUACGCAUCAAAUCAAGGAAAAUGUUAUCUCUUAAUUUUUGAUGAUAGAAUAUUUUCAUGAAAUAAUAAAACUUUAGUAACUAGGUAUGUACAAUCGAGUUUAAAAAUAUUGGUGCAUAUAACUUACUCAAAAAUAUGUCCCAUAGUUCUUAAUUCGCUGACAUAAGAGCUAUGUGACAUAUUUUUGAGUAUGAUGUGUGCACCCAUAUUUUUACACUCUACUACAUCCUAAAUUUAUGGUUAGUAUUUAUUUUAUUUUUUAAAUUGCUUUGACAGCAAAUGAAUAAGCUUAUAAGAGUACCAAUUGAGCUUUGUCUAAUGAAGCCUCAUGAAUCAUAACAUCGCAUAUUGUCAAAACGUUUUACAAACUUUAGGCAUGUCACUA